GAUUAGUCCUCAAGGCCAAGAACAUCGUUCUACUCCCCCACAAGGGGAUAGAUCGAAUGCACCAACAACGGGAGAUUCAGGAAACGGCGCCCCAAUGGGGGUUCACUUAGGAGUUUCGAAUGCACUGGAGCAAGCGAGAAAACGGAGAAGAAAACGAGAAGAUCCGCAAAGUUGUUUUGGAUCGACAAAUAUAGAGUUAUCAGAGGAUGAAUCAGGAGAUGAUGAGUUGCAGCAGGAUAAUACGAGAAUUCAAGAUGGUAUGCUUUAUAAUUCGGAUAGUAAUCGACAAUACCAAACAUCGGAAACGACAAGGCGGGAUUCAAGUACAUUCGAAGAUGAAACUGCUUCUAACAACGAAAUGAGAGGUGAUCAACUCCGACCGGGUGAUGUGGAACAAUUCGAAGGCAGAAUUGUUUAUAACCCGGAUGGAUCUGCUUAUAUAAUUGAAGAUUCGGAUUUGUCUGAAGACGGUUCCUUACCAGGUUUAAGAGAUGGGUGUAUUAUUGACGGACGGGGUCUGCAAGCGCCGCCUUCGGUACCUAAAGUAGAUUCUGCCCAUUAUUUAGCGGCCCCGGCUCCUGCACCUCAUUUAAGCACACCACCUCCAGUUAUGCAUUCUUUUCGUGUAUUAAGUGCAAGGGAUGUUCAGCAAGAUGAUCAAAAUAGAACCCCAUCAACACCCAAUAAACCCAUAUUAAUGUGUUUUGUUUGCAAAUUAAGUUUUGGACAUGCAAAGGCAUUUGCCUCCCAUGCGUCACAAGAUCAUUCAUUGGAUUUAUCGGAAGAUGAAUUAAAAUUAUUAGCUAGAGAAUCGGCUUCUGCAAUUGUGCAAAGGGGAGGCGACUCUCAAAAACUUGUAGUAUCCUUCUUAGAACCUUUAGAACCAGCAUUGCCACCGCAACAGCCACAACCAGUUCAACAACAAAUUCAAUUAAGUGUCAAGUCACAACAACAAUUACUGCAACAAUCAUUUAUGAAUAGAAAAAGUCCAAGCAUGUCACCUCCAGGAAAUUUAUUAAGUCACUUACAACAACAGCAGCAUAACUUAAAUGCUGCACAAAGUCUCGCAAUGCAGAAUCUCCAAAACAGUCAAAACCUAAUGAGCGGCACUACGAUAGGUGCAUGUCCAGAACAUAUUACCACUGGACGACCAAUAGGAACCGAUUGCCAACGAUGUGAAAUCAUGUUGGGUCGAUUAGGUGUAUCAACGCCAAAUCAAAAUCAAUCACAGCAAACACCACCACAUUCACGAAAUUCAUGCAAAACGCUAAAAUGCCCUAAGUGCAAUUGGCAUUAUAAAUAUCAAGAAACUUUAGAAAUACAUAUGAAAGAAAAACAUCCGGACGGUGAAUCUGCGUGUGCAUUUUGCUUAGCAGGUCAGCCUCAUCCACGUUUGGCACGUGGUGAAACGUAUACGUGUGGCUAUAAACCUUACAGAUGUGAAGUAUGCAAUUAUAGCACAACAACCAAAGGCAACUUAUCUAUACAUAUGCAAAGUGAUAAACAUUUAAAUAAUAUGCAAGAAUUACAAUCAUCAGGUGGACAAUCUAACAUCACCUCAAUGAAUCAUGAAAACAGAGGAACAUCGCCUAAAAUUCAACCUCCAUCCAUGCUUCAACAACCACCACAAUCGCAAAUUAAUUCGAAUAAACCAAAACCUACAUUUCGUUGUGAUGUGUGUUCAUAUGAAACUGGAGUUGCACGCAACUUGCGGAUUCAUAUGACAUCGGAAAAGCACACGCAUAACAUGGCAGUUUUGCAGCAAAAUGUGAAGCAUUUGCAAGCAUUGAGUGCACUGCAUAUGCAACAGCAACAUCAGCAAUUGGCAAAUGUUGUAGAUCAACAGCAAAUCCCAACUGCUGAAGCAGCUCUAGCUGACAUGGCUUACAGUCAAGCGCUCAUGAUUCAAUUGAUGACUGGCGGAGCAAUGCCAAAUACGGGGGCAGCUAAUAUGGCUGUUAAUUCCGGCACUUCCGAAUUACCUCCACAUCUAGAUUUGGGUUUGAAUCCCGAAGCUAUGGAACCACCACCAGAACCUGCGGAUCCCGAACCUAGUUUUUUAUACUCGUGUUUGGUGUGUGGUUGCUUUCACACAGACAAUUUGGAGCAACUGGGUUUGCAUCUAGCCCAAGACAGGACAAGAUCGAGAGAGCAAGAUGUGCUUAGUUUGAUAAAUGGACAUUAUGUUUGCAGGCUAUGUUCAUAUAAAACUAACUUAAAAGCGAACUUCCAGUUGCAUUGUAAAACUGACAAACACUUGCAAAGAUUACAGCAUGUAAAUCAUGUCAGAGAGGGUGGCCCAAGAAAUGAAUGGAAGCUAAAGUAUCCUUCAGCAGGAUCUGUACAGCUGCGAUGCCACGCAUGUGAUUAUUAUACAAACUCAGCGCACAAGUUGCAAAUGCAUGCUGCUGGCGGCAGGCACGAUGCUGCAAGGACGCUCUUCCGAUACCUAACAGAAUCUGCGUCAAAUGCUGUUGCGAAAAGUGAGUUCGGAGGCGGCAAAAGUGAUUAUUCUAUGACGAAAACGUAUUUGUGUCGUUUGUGCGGACAUCGUGCUGCUAACAAAUUGCAACUCCUGCAGCACGUUAGAAGUAUGAUGCAUUUGAGAAUGGAGCACCAGCAUCAAUUGAUGAAGAGGGCUGAUGGCAGUGACGGCCAAACAGAUUUAGCUGAUGUAUUCCAUGUCGUACUGGAGAAGCAAGAACCAAUGGAUAUAAAACCGGAUUUCAGUAAAGAAUCUCCCGAGCAUCCCACAUUUGGCUCGGACCAGUCACAAAAUCAACCACCGAACCAACAGACACCUACAACACCAAAUAAUCCGCUUGCAGAGCAACAGAGCAGUCCUAUUACAUCUACUACAACAAAUCAACAGAAUUUAACUUGUCCGUUCUGCAGUUUUACAUGCGAUUCGGAUUCAAGACUACAGCAGCAUAUGCAGACUACUCAUCAACCAGAAGCACCUCCGAAAAGCCCAGAUGCACCUCCACUUCUAUGCCCUCUCUGCCAGGACGGUUUCAAGGAAAGAUCUACCCUUGAGAAACAUGUUAUGCAAAUUCACUCCGUAAAUGCAGAAGGUUUGCAAAGGUUAUUAAUGCUAGUAGAUCAAAGUCAUUGGUUGAAUAGGUCGAAUUCGACACCGGAAUCGAAUGAAACAUCGGCAAAUAGUAGUCAAGAAGAAGAGAAAUGCCCGCAAUGCAGUACAGUUUUUCGCACUAAUGACGAAUUGUGUUUGCAUAGAUUAGAAACGGGUCAUUUGUCUGGAAACGCUUGUCCGAAAAGUGGAUGUGGGCAAAGUUUUUCCCAUGCUACUGCGUUAAUGAGCCAUUUCCGCGAUGCUCAUGCUAUAAAUCAGACGCCGACCGGCGCCUUGGUAUCUGAAAGACAUGUUUACAAAUAUCGUUGUAAUCAAUGCAGUUUGGCAUUCAAAACGCUGGAUAAACUAACAGCGCAUUCACAUUAUCAUGCUAUGCGCGAUGCGACGAGGUGCUCAAAAUGCGGAAGGGGUUUCAGGUCAGCCGGUGCUUUGCAACGACAUCUGGAAACUUCGCACUGCGACGAAGAAAAUGCUCAACAAAAUCAAGUUGAGGAUUUAACUGGCGAAAACGAAUCUAUCGAACCUGAUAUGGACGACCCUCAAAGGUUACUAGAAGACUACCUUAAUAGCCCAGCACUAGCAGAGGAAGGCUAUAAUGAUCCAAACCGAAAGCAUAAAUGUCAUAGAUGUAGAGCAGCAUUUACAUCACAAGCUCAUUUGAGUGCUCACAAUAAAAGCUUGCAACAUCGAAGGGGCGAAAAAUUGGCAUAUCCUUUAGAAAAAUUUUUAGAUCCAAAUCGUCCUUUCAAGUGCGAUGUCUGCAAAGAAUCAUUUACUCAGAAAAAUAUAUUGUUAGUACAUUACAAUAGCGUAAGUCAUCUGCAUAAACUGAAACGAGCAGCGCUGCAAGACAAUAAUAAUUUGCCGAAUGUGAAUAACACUCAACAAUCUCCGCAAAAUCAACCUGAGUCAAUACCAAGCCCUACUGGAAAUACAAUUUCUUCAGAUGAUGAGAAAAAACCAUUCCGCUGCGAUAUAUGCAGAGUAGCUUACGCACAAGGUAGCACUUUAGACAUACAUAUGCGUUCGGUUUUACAUCAGACAAGAGCUUGUCGCUUACAAAAUCCUGAAAAUAUGCAGAACUUGCCAAACACAUCUCCAACUCCUCCAACAGUGAGCAGCCCUGAUACUUUGACGCCUUCAUCACCUAACGCUCUGUCAACUAUGCUGCAAGAUGGUAAGAAAGCAACAAAUCCUUCCCAACAAAUGUAUAAAACAUUAUUAGAAAGUUUUGGUUUUGAUUUAGUCAUGCAAUAUAAUGAAGCAAAGAAUGCAUCACCCCCGAGGCAAGAAACGCCGAAGGAAAUUCCGAAUGAAGUUGGUCCGUAUACUUGUCAACAUUGCCACAAAUCAUUUUCAUCUAUAUUUGUAUUGAAAACGCAUUGCGAAGAGGUACAUCGUGAUAAAGUUCCUCUGGAGUUUUUGGAACAGUUUGCGGAACAUUUUAAAACUGAAUACGAAAAGAAAUCUGGUAUGGAUGAAACAAAUACUGAGCAGGCACAAGAUUCACAAACACAAGAUUCAUCAUCAACAACCGAUACACCGGGUAUUCCGCCACAAAUUUCAUCUCAAAAUCCCCAGUUGAAUCAGUUAACACAACAACAGCAGCAAAACUUACAGCAAAUGCAACUGAUGAAUGAAAUGCAGGCAGCACUAAAUGUAAUGCAAUUCCAUCCAAUGAUGGCACAAAUGAUGUCGAUGGGUUUGCCAUUAGGCCUGAAUAUGAAUGCGUUGGCAGCUAUGAAUUUACAACCACCACUAGUACCACUAAUGAUGCCGCCACCUCCGUAUGGGUCGGACGCCAUGGGUCAACAAAUACCACACAGUCCUCAGGCGGGAGCGGAUAAUUCAAUGCUGGCCAAACAACAUGCCGCUGUUAUGAUGCAACAACAACAGGCAAAUGCUGCAGCUAACCAAAAAAGAGCGCGGACGCGCAUUACCGAUGAACAAUUGAAGAUUCUGCGAGCUCAUUUCGAUAUAAAUAAUUCACCUUCCGAAGAAGCUAUUUUGGAAAUGGCAACUAGGAGUUCAUUACCACCGAAAGUAAUCAAGCAUUGGUUUAGGAAUACUUUAUUCAAAGAGCGCCAACGAAACAAAGAUUCACCUUAUAAUUUCAACAAUCCGCCUUCAACCACUUUAAAUCUAGAAGAAUAUGAAAAAACGGGCGAAGCAAAAGUCACACAACUUAACUCAAGCUCAAGUAGCCAGGAAGACGCCUCAAGCGGUGCGCCUCCAGCAGCUAAAAGAAUGAAAACAAGUACACCGACGAACGAAAAUUCAGAACAGAGUAUAAAGAAUGAACCUAUGGAUCAUCAUGAAAAUGCUGCUGAAGAUUAUUCAAAGUAUCAUUAUGAUACUAAACCGCAAAGUCCAGCACAAAGUUUAUCAGGAUCAGAGGCUAUGCUGUCCAGGCCCCAGUCGCCAAUCAAUCAACAUCACUUAACUUUGUCAUCUUUAGUUCAAUCGCAGUUAGAUUCUAUACCCGCCUGUACUAUUCCAGCAAUGCUACCUCCUCCAAGAGUGUCGAAUCAAAAUCAAUUUGCUAGUCCGCCUGGCGCACCUAAUCUAAAUCUGACAACAGACAUGUCUGGAAAUUCAAGUAAUGGGUCAUCCAGUUCUGGCUCUUCGGGAAAACGAGCUAAUCGCACAAGAUUUACGGACUAUCAAAUCAAAGUAUUGCAAGAAUUUUUUGAAAACAACGCUUAUCCAAAAGAUGAUGAUUUGGAAUACUUAUCAAAAUUGCUUGGUUUAUCGCCACGGGUAAUAGUUGUAUGGUUCCAAAAUGCGCGACAAAAAGCACGCAAAGUUUACGAAAAUCAGCCAGCUCAAGAAACAACACCACCACCAUCUGGCGUAGAUGAUCCAAAUCGUUUUCAAAGGACACCUGGAUUGAAUUAUCAGUGCAAAAAAUGUCAGCUAGUUUUCCAAAGAUACUAUGAACUGAUACGUCAUCAGAAAACACAUUGUUUUAAAGAAGAAGAUGCCAGGCGAUCCGCACAAGCACAGGCCGCUGCAGCCCAAGUGGCAGCGAGUUUGAGUAGCGAGGAUUCUAAUUCAAGUACCAUUGAUCAGAAUCAACAACAACAUAAUCCGCUCAACAUGCAGCAACAACCACCUAUGCAAACACCACCACAGCAUUUACAGUCGCCAAUAAUGAAUAACCCACCAGCAAAUUUAUCUCAACCGCAACAGAUGAUACCAGAACCUCAAAGUCCGAAUCAGCAGCAACCUCAACCACAAACGCAAGCAGUUCCUACUGGAGGAGAUGUCAGCCCCCAACCAUCAAAUUUUCAAUGUGAUAAAUGUCAGUUAGUGUUCAAUCGCUUCGAAUUAUGGCGCGAACAUCAGUUAGUGCAUUUGAUGAACCCAGGUUUAUUUCCACCAGCUUAUCCGCCAGAUAGCCCAUUUGGAAUACUGCAACAACUUGGCGGCCAGGCAGACCAAAAGCUUUUGAAAAUGGAUGAUUAUGAUACUGAUAAUCAAGAUGGUCAAAGUCAGAGCCCAAGAGACAAAAGGCUGCGAACGACAAUCCUUCCAGAACAACUAGAUUAUCUGUACCAAAAAUAUCAACAAGAAUCGAAUCCUUCUAGAAAAAUGCUUGAAACGAUAGCAAGAGAUGUUGGACUAAAGAAGCGAGUUGUUCAAGUAUGGUUUCAAAAUACUAGAGCUAGGGAACGCAAAGGACAAUUUAGAGCGCACGCACAAGUCAUAAACAAAAGAUGUCCUUUCUGUCCAGCAUUAUUCAAAGUUAAAUCAGCUCUAGAAACACAUUUGACUGCAAAGCACGCCGAACAAUGCUCUAGAAAUGAAAUUAACAUCGAUGCAUUACCUGAUGAGGAAUUAAGUACAGAGAGUGAAAAUUGUGGAGCUAAAAAUAUGCCACCGCCGAGUUUAUACGCACCGUUGCAGGACGUAGAAGCAUUGUUGAAAAGAUGUUAUGGUGAAGAUUCAAUGCGAAGGUAUAUGGAAUCAACGGAUGAUAAUAAUCCGCAGCCUACAUUGAGAGAAGGAGAAAUCCCUUUAGAUUUAAGCAAACCUUUACCAAAAGCAGAAGGUUGUGAUUCUUUAUCAGAUAUGUCUGAAAUAUCUUUGAGUUGUGAUUUUUACGACGAGGAAGGCGGACCGAUUAGUCCAGCCAGUAGUACGCAAUCGAGCAGGGGUGGUCAAAAUUUGCCAAAUUCGACAAAAAGAUUCAGAACACAAAUGUCAGCUUUGCAAGUCAGAAUGUUAAAAUCAUUAUUUUCUGAUUAUGCUACACCAUCAAUGAGCGAGUGCGAAUUCAUUGGGCGAGAAGUAGGAUUGCCGAAGCGGGUUGUACAAGUGUGGUUCCAAAAUGCACGUGCAAAGGAUAAGAAGGCGCGUCAAAAUAGUGCCGAUCCGCAAAGCGUUCCUCGAACACCAGAGGAAUGUCGCAUUUGCGAUGUUGAAUAUUCACCUAAACUAUGCUUGCAAGAACAUUUGUUUUCGGUUGGUCAUAUACAACAACUGAAACAAUUCUUAGAGCAACAAGAAGGACUGACAAUGGGAAUGAAUAAUGGUCAAGAACAGUUUACAAUGCCGCCGCCCCCACAAAUGGAUCCAAAUGUGAAUAACACAUCGCAGCAAGCAGCCGCAAACGCAUUAUUACUCCAAAUGGCAGCUGCCGCGACAAAAGGAUUUGGAUCUGGAGGCGGCACGGGAGCGCAAAAUGCAGAACAAGAACAACUCCUGCAGCAGCUGUACGGUCUAGCAGCGCUGCAACAGCAGCAAAGCCAGAAUCCUUCAUUUUUGCCGCCGAUGCUGGGAGCCAAUGGUGAGUGGUGCAGUUAUUAA